ACCUGCAGGCUGAAUAAAUUUCAUUUGCCUUCGACACAGGCAACGAACUGGUCGUAUUUCUAGCUCAAGUUUUACAAAAAAAUCCAAAUUAAAAAGUGAAAAAAGUACAGUGCCGUCAAAAUGUCGGCACUGCGCUUGAUUCCUCGGAAUCUAAGCCAGUUGACGACGCCGACGAGGAUGGCGAUGAUGGGGCGUCGCUUUGCCAGCGGCGGUGACGGUGUUCGUCUUUUGAUUGGUGAUCGCGAGGUGGUCGGCUACGGGAUCAACGGACGACCCCUGUACUUCGACAGCCCAGAUUGUCCAUUUCCGGCGAUUCGAUAUCGCGAAGUUACCCCGGAGCUGUGUGCCGUGCGUGAAAAGGAGCUGGGCGACUGGAAGAAGCUGUCGCUGGAUGACAAGAAGCUGCUGUAUCGCCACAGCUUCUGCCAAACCUACGCAGAGUUCCAGCACUUUUCGCCGGAGUGGAAGAUCUGCCUGGGCGUCGCCCUGUGGCUGGUGGCCAUUGGAAUGGGCAUAUCGAUCGCCAUGAAGGCCAAACUGUACGGGGAGCUGCCGGAGACGUUUGACGAUGAGCACCAGUCGGCGCAACUGCGCCGCAUCAUCCAACUGCAGAUGAACCCCAUAACUGGAAUUUCAUCCAAGUGGUGCUACCACGAGAACAAGUGGAAGUAAGCACUCUACACACACCCACACAAUUGGUCGCCUUUAAUUAUGUACAGAAAUCAAACGAAUAUCAACAGCAUAAUCGAUUGCCAAUCAAUCGUUCCAUAUUGCCAAAUCAUAGCUAUAAUUCACACUAGUCUUACACGAAAAUGGAAGUACAUUGAUAGUUCGCCAAACGCUAAAAACAAAGGUUCGCACACGCCUUUUCACUGAUUGUUUGCCAAACACUAUACACAAAAACAAAGGUUCGCACACGCCUUUUCACUGAUUGUUUGCCAAACACUAUACACAA